AUGGAAUUCUAUGGUUUUUUUCUUCUCCCUCUCCUAAUAAUAUGCAUUCAUGCCACUGCCAAAAAAUUGUUCAAAAACAAGAAUCUCCCACCAGGGCCAGUAGGCCUCCCAAUAAUUGGAAAUCUUAUCACAGUUGGGGACAGACCCCAUGAAUCCUUAGCCAAGUUAGCAAAAAUCUAUGGCCCUCUAAUGACAGUAAAACUUGGCUAUGUCAACAUUGUAGUUGCUUCUUCAAGAGAAAUGGCUAAAGAAAUUCUUCGGAAGAAUGAUCAAAACUUCUUGGGAAGGCCUAUACCAGAUUCUAUUACUGCAGAAAAGGGCUAUGAACUGUCGAUAGCGUGGCUUUCGGGUGGCCCGCAGUGGAAAAAAUUGCGAAAAAUCUGCCAAAGUCAGAUUCUUACAAUACAAAGAUUGGAUGCAUUGCAAGAUUUGAGGCAUAUGACGAUGAAAAACAUGAUUGCAAGAGUAGACGAAGCCCGGGAAACUCAAGAAGCCGUUCAUGUAGGAAGGUUGGUGUUUGGGACGACGUUGAAUUUGUUGUCGAACACCAUGUUUUCUGAUGACAUGCUUGAUCCAAAAUCUGAUGCAAUGAAAGAGUUGAAAGAGCUCAUGGCAAAAAUAAUGGAGCUUGCAGGGAAACCUAAUAUUUCAGAUUAUUUUCCUAUUUUGAAACCAUUCGAUCUUCAAGGAAUAAGGAGUGAAAUCAAGGUAUCAUACGAUCGGUUGCAUGAUCUAAUCGAUGAGAUGAUUGAUAAACGGCUGAAACGUAGGGCUUCUGGAUCAAGUUGGAUUGGGGAUUUCUUGGAUGUUCUUCUUGAUCACACUGAUGAACACGGACCUGAUAAACUUGAUCAUCUUGAUGUCAAUCUUUUGCUUAUGUAUUUGUUCAUUGGAGGUACGGAUACGACCACCACCACCAUGGAGUGGGCGAUGGCGGAGCUCCUCCACAAUCCACCCAUACUCACCAAGGUAAAACAAGAACUAUCUGCAGAACUCAGUUCAAAAGAAAAUGUCAAAGAACAAGAUCUUUCGCGGCUUCCCAAUUUAGAAGCAGUAAUAAAAGAAACAAUGAGGCUUCAUCCUACCGCACCCUUCCUCCUGCCUCAUCGGGCCGAGAGAGAUGUACAAAUCUCUGGAUACACUAUCCCGAAACACACCCAAAUUCUUGUGAAUACAUGGUCUAUUUCAAGGGACACAACUAACUGGUAUGAGCCAACAAAAUUUAAGCCAGAAAGAUUCUUGAAUUCAGAUAUUGAUUUCAGAGGCAAAGACUUUUCAUUUAUACCAUUUCGUGCUGGAAGACGAAUUUGCCCCGGACUGAAUCUUGCGGGGAGAAUGGUGAGCUUAAUAUUGGCUAAUCUUGUUCAUAAAUUUGAGUGGAAAUUGGCAGAUGGGGUGGAGCCAAAGGACAUGGACAUGAAGGACAAAUUUGGGAUAACACUUCAGAAAGCAGAACCACUUCUUGCAAUUCCAGUAACGAGUGCAAACGGAUGAAAUUUGAAUGUUGUCAUGCGUCACAAUCUGAAUGUAUUGGAGGGAGAAUGUUCUGCAAUAUUUAGCUUGUUUGUUUUCAUUAUUUCUCAUUUAGCCUUGCAUAUUCUUACUUUAUUUGCUAGUGGUAUGUUUAUCGAUAUAAAUAAUGUUGAAUCGACAGCGAGAAUAAAUAAACUUAGUUCUUUGUAUUUAUCUUUAA